UCUGGAAAAAGGGAAGGAAAAAUCUGAAUUUUCCAGAGUUUUUACCCCUGGGAUGGAGCCGUGGGUGGGGCUGGAUCCUCGGCAGAAAGCUCUGUACCGGGACGUGAUGCAGGAGAGCUACGAAACCCUGAUGGCCCUGGCAGCCAAGGGGAUGCUGAGGGACAAAGCAGCCGAGGGAGGAAGAACGGAGGAACUGGAACCUCAACCACCCCCUCACCCGGAGAAGGAAAAACCUUUGGGUUCCAACCGCCGGAAAACCAAACGCCCGGACAAAGCUCAACCCCCUCAAGAUGUCCUCAAAACUCCCAAUCCCACCCCAAAUCCCAAGUUGAUCCCAACCAAAGCCACGGGUGGCUCGAACCCCAAAGGGUCACCACGGCAACGCCCGUUUGGUUGCCCCGAUUGUGGCAAAGCUUUCCCUUGGGCUUCCCACCUAGAACGGCACCGGAGAGUCCAUACUGGAGAACGUCCCUUCGGAUGCCCGGAAUGUGGAGAAACUUACAGCCAAAGUUCUCACCUUCUCCAACACCGCCGGACCCACGCCAGCGACCGACCCCACCAGUGCGGCCAUUGCGGCAAACGCUUCGCCGGCGCGGCCGAGCUGGCGGCUCACGGCCGAGGCCACGCGGCCGAGAAACCCCACAAGUGCCAAGACUGUGGGAAAAGCUUCGUUUGGGCCUCCCACCUCCAACGCCAUCGCCGUGUCCACACCGGAGAGAAACCCUACGGUUGCCCCGAGUGCGGCGAAGCCUUCAGCCAAGGUUCUCACCUCACCAAACAUCGCCGGAGCCACAGCGGAGAACGACCUCACCGCUGCCCGGCGUGCGGGAAGACAUUUUGCCAAAGUUCUGACUUGGUUCGGCACCGGAGGAGCCAUCUUGGGAAGAAGGCGUCGCGUUGCGGGGAUUGCGGGAAGCUCUUCCGAGCCGGGCCGGCCUUGGCGCGUCACCAGCGAGGUCAUCGCCGCGAGCGCGCCCAUCGUUGCGUUGACUGCGGGAAGGGCUUCGUUUGGGCCUCCCACUUGGAGCGGCACCGCCGGGUCCACACCGGGGAACGUCCCUUCCCCUGUGGCAGCUGCGGGGAACGUUUUGCCCAAAAAGCUCAUCUGCUCCAACACCGCAAGACCCACUCCCCCGACCGGCCCUACAAGUGUGGGGAUUGUGGGAAACGUUUCGGGGAGGUUCCCCCCUUCCUCGCCCACCGGAGGGGACACGGGGCCCAAAAAAGUUACGCCUGUGAGGAGUGUGGGAAAGGCUUUGCCUGGGCCUCCCACCUGGAGCGGCACCGCCGUGUCCACACCGGGGAGAAACCCUACGGUUGCCCCGAGUGCGGCGAAGCCUUCAGCCAAAGUUCUCACCUCGCCAAACAUCGCCGGAGCCACCUCCCCAAAACUGCUCCCUCCCCGGUUCCUCUCCCUCUGCAAGGGUUGGUGAAGGGGGGAGAAGCUGCUGAGGUCACCCAGAGCUUGCAGCGGUGAGGAACCCUGGAGGACCAACUUCUCCUCCGUCCUCAUGAGGGAUGGGAAGGAGCAAGUUCUCCACCAUCAUGAUGGGUUGAGGAACCUUGAAGGACCAACUUCUCCAUUGAGAGAUGGGAAGGAACAAGUUCUCCAUCAUCACGAUGGAUGGGAAGGGUUGAGGAACCUUGAAAGCCAAGACCUUCUCCAACAUCAUGGUGGAUGGGAAGGGGUGAAGAACCUUGAAGGACCAAGUUCUCCAUCAAGAGACCAGAAGGACCAAGUUCUCCAUCACCACGAUGGAUGGGAAGGAGUGAGGAACCUUGAAGGACCAAGACCUCCAUCAUUGAUUGAGAGAGAUGGGAAGGACCAAGUUCUCCAUCAUCAUGAUGGAUGGGAAGGAGUGAGGAACCUUGAAGGACCAAGACCUUCUCCAUCAUCAUGAUGGAUGGGAUGGGUUGAGGAACCUUGAAGGACCAAGACCUUCUCCAUCAUCUCAACAGCUGGGGACAGCCCAAGGACACCAGGGGACAGAGGGUGGCACUUGGAGGAGGGCGUUGGGUUGGGCUUUAUCCACUGAUCCCUCCUGAUGUCUCCCACCAGUGGAGCCUCCAGAAAGGGACAUUUUGGGAGGAGGAGCCUCUUCCUGAGGGAAACGCUGGCGGAUUCUCCUGAAGGAGGAAGGAGCAGGAGGGUGACACAGCCCUGGUUCUUCUGCCAAAAGUUUGGUGUCACAGGGGUGGAAUAAAAAGGGGGGUGGUGGGGGAGGUGGUCCCAUACCCCGUGUCUGCUUCUCCUUCAGCACCAAUCUUGGGUUCUGGGGGUUCUUCCCAGCAUCCUCCUCAGCAUCUUCUCCAAAGACAAAACCAGGCAGAG